GGAUUAACGUUAUCUGAAAAACGAAGGAAGGAGUCGGGGUAAUAGGGAACGGGUUAUGGUGUCAAGUAACCAUUAAAUACGCUAAAAAACGUGACGAUAAAAUAAGCCCCUAUAUACGUCUCAGUGUCGUCAGCACGUGUUUCAAGUUAAGCCAUGUCUACCCCGGCUAGAAGAAGACUAAUGAGAGAUUUUAAACGGCUACAAGAGGAUCCUCCAGCUGGUGUCAGUGGUGCCCCAUCUGAAAACAACAUCAUGGUGUGGAAUGCAGUCAUAUUUGGUCCUGAAGGAACUCCUUUUGAAGAUGGUACAUUUAAACUCAUUGUAGAGUUCACAGAAGAAUACCCCAAUAAACCACCUACAGUACGAUUUGUGUCAAAGAUGUUUCAUCCAAAUGUGUAUGCAGAUGGCAGUAUAUGUUUGGACAUCCUACAGAAUCGUUGGAGUCCUACUUACGACGUGUCUUCUAUUCUUACAUCAAUCCAGUCCCUGCUUGAUGAACCAAAUCCCAACAGUCCAGCCAACAGUCAGGCGGCGCAGCUCUACCAGGAGAACAAGCGGGAGUAUGAGAAGCGAGUGUCUGCGAUUGUAGAACAAAGCUGGAGAGACAGUUGACCUGACAAUCAUGAUAGCUGCUCUUUCCAUUGUGUGUGCUGCAAGUUUUAGUAUCGUACCUCUUAAUUUUGGGCCCCCAUACCUUUUUGAUUUUAAGCUUUUAUGCACUUUACCUUCAACUUCCCUUCAUAGUUUUUUUUUUUGUUCUUGCCUGCCAAGAGGGAGAUAUUUUUCUAUUCUGUCCCCCUUUUCCAGUCCAUCAGGGGAACUGUGCUGAAUCUUGCCUUGAUGAUUUGUCAGUAUGGACUACUGGGCCACUACCCAAGAAUUCUGGUGUAUUCCAACUUGAUGUAAUAACUCAUCAUGACUAAUUGUUUAAUGUCUUGGAGGAUUAAUCAGUUAACCCAGGCGAUGCUCUGCUCUCUAAGUUGAUUAUCACAGCAGUUUGUCUGGGCUCCAAUGCUGGUCACUCUAGAUUUUCUUUGGGGAGAACACAGCCCAAGCUUCAUGGAUUACAAAUUAAUCAGACAUCUUUACACUGUGUCUUUGCUGUGUUGUGAACUCUGUUACAUGCAUGAAGAGUGUAUUCAUGUUAUUUAGUACACAUGUAUAUAAGAACCCUGCAACUGAAUUUUAUGUACAGAUUUUGCACUGGUUGUUCCCCAUGUCAUUUUUUUUCAGCACUUGUAAAUAAAUAAAGGCAAUUUCGUCAUAUCUACA